UGAUUUGCUUCGACGUUGCUGAACGGAGAACAGAGACGCAUCACAGGGUGAGAAAUCUCUACUAAACAAGAUCACAACUAUCGAGAUCUGUAAUUCAGAGUCAGAUUUGAUCAUUCAGAGCAAAUGGCUGAAAAGAUCGUUCUUUUUGAAAGUUACCUGAGCUGCCAUGUUUGUUCAGAGACGUUCAGAGAUCCCGUGUCUCUGAGCUGCAGCCACAGCUUCUGUUCAAGCUGCCUGCAGCGAUUCUGGGAACAAGCUGGAAACAAGAACUGUCCCAUCUGUAAAAGAAAAUCCUCUAAAGAUUAUAGUAUAGUGAAUUUUUCACUAAAGGCACUGGCCGACUCGUUUGCUGUCUGUGAGUUCUCUCUCCACCAGAGUCACAAGCUGGUUCCUCUAGAACAAGCAGUCAGGAACCUGAAGGACCAGCUGAGAUCUGACUUGGAGUCUCUGCAGGACAAGAGGGACAAACACCAACAAGUGAAGAAAACAUACAAUGAAGUGAUCCAACUCUCCAAGAAGCAGCUGGUGUCCACAGAGAGGAAGAUCAGAGCAGAGUUCAACAAGCUCCACCAGUUCCUGAGAGAGGAAGAGGAGUCCAGACUGGCAGCUCUGAGGGAGGAAGAGGAGCAGAAGGGGAAGAGCAUCAGCAGAGAGAUGAAGAUGAUUGAGGAGCAGAUCUCCUCUCUGUCAGACAGCAUCUCUGCCGUUGAAGAAGACCUGCAGAAAGACAAGGUGUCGUUCCUCAGCAGUUAUAAAGCCACUCAGACCAGAGCCAGAGUCCAGAGCUCACUGACAGAUCCACAGCUGGUCUCAGGAGCGCUGAUAGAUGUGGCCAAACACCUGGGCAACCUGUCCUUCAGAGUCUGGGAGAAGAUGAAGGACCAGGUCCACUUCAGUCCUGUCAUUCUGGACCCAAACACUGCAAACUACUUUCUCUCUCUGUCUGAUGAUCUGACCAGUGUGAGAUGUGGAGACACAAAGCAGCAGCUUCCUGAUAAUCCAGAGAGAUUCACUAAGUAUGCAGAUGUUCUGGGCUCUGAGGGCUUCAGCUCAGGGAAACACAGCUGGGAGGUGGAGGUGGGAGACCAUCCUUACUGGCUUGUAGGUUUGGUUAAAGAGUCAGUUGACAGGAAGGGAGAGAUGGGUGCUUUACCAGACAAUGGAAUCUGGUGUUUAUUCUAUCGCAGUGGAACAUACACUAAUGGAAUCUGUCAGACUGUCAGAGUGAAGAAGAGACUCCAGAGGAUCAGAGUCCAGCUGGACUACGACAGGGGGGACGUGUCCUUCUACAACCCUGAAGACACGACUCUCAUCUAUACUCACAGAGACACUUUCACUGAGAAACUCUUCCCAUAUUUUUAUAUUGGAAGGUCUGGUGCCAAAACUGCUGAUAUCAAAAUCUGUCAAACUGAUGUUUCUCUGUCAUGUUCAGUGAAGGUGGUGAAGUCAAAGUGAUUCAUCAGCAUGUUUAUUAUAGUUUGUUGUUGUGUUCUGAAAAUAUUUUUAAAUUAAAGAAUGAAAAACUAAAGUAUAAAUAAGCAGAACUAUGUGUGCGAGGGAUACUGUUUAAAUAGUGUUUUUGGUGUAAAUAUUCAGACAAGUACAUACAAGUAGAUUUAAUGUGAUCAUUUUGUUUUUAAAUGUAUAAAUACUUUUUUCUAAAGAACAACAACAUUAAGUUUGCAUUAAAAGGCUUUAGUUUAUAAUCACGUCCACACAUGAAGCCUCAUCUUACCUCAUUUAUCUUUAACAUUAAACAAGUUCUUCAUUGUGUUUUAUAGUGAACUGUUCUGUUUCAUGAAUAAAUGGUUCGGUUCCUUCAGGUGUUUUAUUUGCAGACCGUGAGGCAGAAUAAUGUUAAAUUCAUAUCUUUCUGAUCAAAUGUUUAACAUAUACAAUUAAUGUGGAGGGAUAAUUUCAUUCUAUUUACUCCAACAACACAAAACAAAGUACACAUUUUGGUUGCAGACUGUUUUCAUCACCAUGUCUAUUUCUGAUCCUUCAGAACAUUUCUAUCCAUCUCAGGGUUCAAUCCAGGGGACAAUCACAAGUGAAUCCACCUCUUGAUAAAAUGCUUCAUUUAUUCAUUUAUAUAUUUAUUAUUUAACUAUCUCCGAAAUUAAAUAAGAAAAUAUAAUCAGAAUUAUUAAUCGCUUAUUUUUUGUCUAACUAGUAUCCUGAGUUCUGCUAAAUAAAAUACUUUAUUCUCAUUCA